AUGCUAUUCUUCAUUUUGUUUCUCUCCAUCAUCUCUCCAAUUGAAUCGGUGGAUCAAAGGAUCCAUCAUCCUUCAAAGUGUGACCACCUCUCAAAAUUUCCAACAAAAGGAUUCACCAUGGUAUUGAAGGUUUCACUCAAUGGUUGUGGGAGGUUUAAAAGAGUCCAAGAUGCUAUUGAUGCAAGUAUUGGAUCAAGCCAAAGCAAGACAUUAAUCUUAAUUGACUUUGGCAUAUAUAGGGAAAGAUUUAUUGUUCAUGAGAACAAAAACAAUCUUGUGGUGCAAGGAAUGGGAUACUCAAGGACGUCCAUUGAGUGGAACAAUACCACAGCUUCUUCCAAUGGCACUUUUUCUAGUUUUUCGGUUGCGGUUUUUGGAGAAAAAUUCACCGCCUACAACAUAAGCUUCAAGAACACGGCUCCCGCACCAAACCCCGGAGCAGUCGAUGCACAAGCGGUGGCUUUGAAGGUUGUAGGCGACAAAGCCGCCUUCUAUGGAUGCGGUUUCUAUGGAAAUCAAGACACACUCUUGGAUCAAGAAGGACGUCAUUUCUUCAAAGGAUGCUUCAUUGAAGGAUCAAUCGACUUCAUAUUCGGUAACGGGAGAUCCCUUUACGAGGAUUGCACACUUCAUUCCAUAGCAAAGGAAAAUACAAUCGGGUGUAUUACAGCAAAUGGAAAGGACACAUUGAAAGACCGAACAGGAUUUGUGUUCGUGAAUUGCAAGAUCACGGGAAGUGCAAGAGUGUGGCUUGGACGUGCAUGGAGACCUUAUGCAAGAGUUAUCUUCUCUAAGACAUACAUGUCUAGAGUUGUUUCUCUUGAUGGGUGGAAUGAUAUGGGGGAUCCUAAGACACAACGUACUGUGUAUUACGGCGAGCAUAGGUGCUAUGGACCAGGAGCCAAUCAUAGUAAAAGGGUUACCUAUGCGAAGCUACUCUCCGAUGUGGAAGCGGCUCCUUUCACCAACAUCUCCUUCAUCGAUGGAGAGGAGUGGCUUUAG